AUGGCUGGAAAAGGUGAUUUCAUCAAAAAUCCCUUGAUUUUAUUCGGAUAUCUGUAGGUGUUUUCAUCGUCGGGGCCAAGCGGACGGCUUUCGGUACCUUCGGCGGAAAGCUGAAGAAUAUCAGCGCGACGGAGUUGGGAGUUUCCGCGUCCCAAGCGGCUCUCGCCCAUGCCAAUGUCAAGGCCGACAAUGUCGAUCACGUUAUUUUCGGUUCGUUUUGGGAAUAAAUCGAAAAAAAGAAAGAUUCAUGACGAAAUUAAAAAUAUUUUCCGAAUCCCUGAAUAAAAAGCAUGUUUGAGAGCCUUUUUCGAUAUUUUGUGAUUUUUUUUAGGAAACGUUGUCGCCAGCUCCCGCGACGGAAUCUAUCUGACGAGACACAUCGGCCUCAAAGCCGGAGUUCCCCAGAACGUCGGCGCCUUGACCGUCAACAGACUGUGCGGUUCUGGCUUCCAAGCCGUCGUCAACGCCGCCCAGGUCCUUCUGAAACCAAAAACUGGAAUUUAUCUAUACCUUUUUAGUACGUCAAACUCGGCGAGGCUAAUAUUGUCCUGGCCGGAGGCACAGAAAACAUGUCGAUGGUCCCAUUUGCCGUCAGGAAUAUCCGGUUUGGAACCGCCUUGGGACAGAAAUACGAGGUGAUUUUUGGGGGUUUUUGUACCAUUAAAAUAUUUUUGGCAUGAAAAAGUAUUUUUGUUGAGCGCGGAAUGAAAAUGACUGGAAUGCUGUCAAAAAAAUAUCCGGCUUAGAACCGAAAAAAAAUAUUUUUUUCAACUUGAAAAAAAUUCAUUGAAAUGAAAAAAACGUUAUAUUUUUUUGAAGUAAGGAUCUUUUUUUGAACUGAAAUUUUUUUCGAGUAUUUUUUUGUACCUUGAUCAUAUUUUUUUGACAUUAAAAUUGGUUUUUUUAAUAGUAAGACGGAAAUUAUAGAAAAAAAUGCCAUCAGAAAUAUUUGAUUUGUAACAGCUUUUUGGGACAAAAAAAUACAAAAUGUUCUUGCGGAAAAAUUUUUCUUAUUUUUACUGGGAGAUAAAAUAGAUGUACAAGCUCAAAUUUUUCACGAUUUUUAAGUAAGAGAAAGGGCUUCGAAUCCGAAAAUUCGUAUCGAAAUUUUAAACUUUCAUAGUCCAGUCGAAAACAGUGAAAAUGGAGAGAAUGCUUCAUUUUCUCAUCUUUUUAAUCUUUGAAACUUCGGAAUUAUAUUUGAAUAUAAUAUCAAUUGAAAAUUGCACUAUUUACUUUGAAACACAAUAUUUUUUUGUAUUUAUCAGUUCAAAUUUCAUUAGGGUGAAUAAAAAAACUCGAGUUCGAAAAAUUCACAAUAAUUUUUUUAUAAAUUUUAAUUACUUUUUUUCAGUUCGAAGACAUGCUUUGGGAUUCGUUGUCGGAUCCCUAUGCCAAGUUGGCCAUGGGACAGACGGCCGAGAAGCUUGGAGCUCAAUACAAGGUUUUUUUUGAAAGAAAAAUUCCCAAAUUUCUAUAUUUUCAGGUCACCCGACAAGAAGCCGACGAAUUCGCUCUGCGCUCGCAAACCUUGUGGAAAAAGGCCCAAGAUUCGGGAAUCUUCAAAUCCGAAAUCGCUCCGAUUACUGUCAAGGGACGCAAGGGGGAGGAGAGCUUCGAGGUGAGAAUGAGAAAAAUAAAAUGUUUUAAAUUUGGAGGGGUUAUCCUGAGAUUCUUUUUCAAACCAUAAAAUCUACUGAAUUUAUUCAACUUUUAUAUAGAAGCUUUAUAAAUGGAUUUUUCAAUAUGUCAGGGAAUUUAUCAGUGGCGGCUGACUUUUAGGUCAUAAGUUGAUUUUUUGUAGUAGUUUUUUUUUAUGAAAUUCAGAGUUGUAUUGUCUUUCUUCUCAUGUUCGUUAGAUUUUAUUCUCUUCACUUCUCAAAAAAAAAUCCUCCCAAAGAUUUUUCAAAUGGCCUAAAUUUUUGUUCAGUUUGUAGAUUUCGAUUAAUUGUAAUUAUUUGCGGGGAGGGGGUUCUGAAAUGCUUGUUUUUUUGAAAAUCAGGUUCAUACUUUUUUUGACAAUUUUAUUUUUUUAAAAUUAGCUAGGUUUUAUUCUCUUUCACUUCUUAAAGUAAAGUCUUUCCAAAGCUUUUUCAAAUCCCUAAAAGGUGGUCAGACUGAAGAUUACGAUUAUUUGUAAGGGAUAAGAUCGAAAAUUGCGUUUUAAAAUCGGUCGGUGGAGUUUUCAGAGCAAAGCUGCUGACGGGGCCCGCUAAGUAGAUAUGUUGAAAAUAAGUUUGAGGAAAAUAAUCCGCCGAGAAAAGUGUAUUGGUGGGCAAGAAUAAUAAUGUUAUUCAUAUCAUUGAGUAGUUAUGAAGAAAUCUUCUAACCGGGUAAAUCUGGGCGGGUGUCCCGGAGCACGUUUCGGUCGCCUCGGGGCUUGUCAGCAGUCCUGUUUCAGAUUCAAAAAGAAAAAAAAAAGAAGUUAGCCGAUUUCAGAUCGAUGAGCACCCGAGACCGACGACAACCGAAAGUUUGGCCAAACUGAAGCCGGUCUUCCAGAAGGAAGGCUUGGUCAAUGCUGGUAAUGCCUCGGUUAGCUUUUAUCGAUUUUCUAAAAAACUAAUUACAACCGGAGAAAUUAUUUUUGACCUUUUAUCCUAUUUAGACGUUGAUAACAUGAAUAACUUUCAUGAUAAUUAACUUUGAACAUUUAGAAAAUAAUAUAUUAAAAUUCCAAUAUCCUCUUUGAUUAAAUACUGAGAGAAAAACAGCAAAAAAAAAUUGUAUUUAUUCAAAAACCAGUUUUUUUUUUUGGAUUCUCAAGUUUUAUAAAAAAUCAUGGGUCGAAAAUUUUUUUUUCUUUUCUAAACCUCAUAAUUUUGUUAGGGUAUUUCUGACGGUGCGGCCGCCUUGGUUGUGGCCGGAGAAGAAGCCGUCAAACAGAAGGGACUGAAGCCUCUGGCACGUGUUGUGGCCUAUGCCGCCGUUGGUAAGCCGACAAGAAUAAGGAAAUAUACAAAGAUGCCUCUUUGAGGUUGCGACCCGACCAUCAUGGGCAUCGGGCCGGCGCCGGCCAUCCGCCAGGUCCUCCAGCAGGCCAACCUCAAGAUCAGCGAUGUCGACAUCUUUGAGGUGCUUUUUAGAUCUUUGAAGGAUUUGAAAGAGGAAAAAAAGAGCCAAAAUCAAAGAAAUGGUUAUCCAAUAAAAAACUAGAGUCUUACAAUGAGAAAACGACUUUUGCGCGCGAACGUCUCCCGAAAUUCUGAUUUCGCGUAUUUCGUGAAAUCGUUUCCAACGAGUAUAGAAAAAAGUGGAAAAUCAGAAUUUCCAAAAAAUAUUAUCACAAGGGUUUUUCAUUUGAAUUUUUUUAAUCCUAAUUAUUUUUCACAUUUACAGCCUUGACAGUUUAACUGAACUUUAUGAGUUUCAAUUAAAUUUUUCUUGACCUCCAAAUUUGAUUUGUUUAACAUCGAAAACUUGAAUUUUUUUGCUGAUAAAAAGUUGAUGAAAAAAAGUCGAAUGAGCGAUUCGGAAGAACUGUUUGCCGUUUCAAAACUUCAAUAAAAUAGGAAAAAAAUUUGCAUAAAGAGAUUUCUUCAACUCUCUGGAAAAUUAAUUGAAAAGAGUUUCGAAAAAAUUGAAUAAUUUUCUCAGGUGAAUGAGGCUUUUGCCCCACAAGCUUUGGCGGUUCAACGCGAGUUGGGAAUCCCGAUGGAGAAGCUGAACCUGAACGGAGGCGCUAUCGCCCUCGGACAUCCCUUGGCCGCUUCUGGAGCCCGAAUCAGCACCCAUAUUGUUCAUGAGCUCCAGUGAGUGAUGAAAUUGGGAAAAUGAUUGGUUUGAACCGAAAAUGGCUCAAAAUUUGACUUAGGACUUUAAAAGAAGUCGGCAAUUUCGAUAAAUUGAAAGCUGUGCUGCAUAUGAAUAUAUUGAAUUUUUUGAGAAUUUUUUUCUCUGCAUAUUUUAAAGCUAUUCAAUUUUUUUCUGUAUGUUAGUUUGUCAAGACUAAAAUUCUUCCAAAAUUUCAAUUUUUUUCAAGUUUUUCACCUACACCAGAAACUUUAUGAAAGCAGAAAAAUCCCAAGAAAAACCCUGAAAAUUCUAAAUUUAUCGAUUGAAAGCUCUUUUGCCCGAAAAUCCUGCGGAAUGAUCUUUUUCAAAAUUUACUUCUACGAAUGGCAUUAUUGCCUUGUUCAAAGUAACUUCCGUGAAAUUCAAAAUUAUCUCUGACUCUCUAAAAUUUAGUUAUCUUUCUCACUCUCCAACGGUUUUUCACAUUUCCCGGAAUCUUCUGAGCAAUUAUUAAUCUUGUAUUUUUUUCAAAUUGCGUCAUGAAACGUAUAAUUUUAAUAUAUAAUUUCAGCCGCCGCAAUGUCAAGUACGGAAUCGGAUCGGCCUGCAUCGGAGGAGGCCAAGGAAUCGCCAUCCUCUUCGAAAAAGUCUAA